AGUUCUUCAGAGAGAAAGAGAGGAAGAAAACAUCAAAGAUGAAACCCAACUUUUCCAUUUUCUUCACGCUUUUGAUGCUGCAAUAUCUAUCAGUUCUAUGCCUUUCUCAGGAUUUUGAUUUCUUCUACUUUGUUCAGCAGUGGCCAGGAGCAUACUGUGACACGAAGCAGAGCUGCUGUUAUCCGAAAACUGGAAAACCUGCUGCAGAUUUCAGCAUUCAUGGACUCUGGCCAAACUACAAAGAUGGCUCAUGGCCAUCAAAUUGUGAUCCUGACAGUGUAUUUGAUAAAUCUCAGCUCUCAGACAUCAUUAGCAGCAUGGAGAAGAAUUGGCCAUCUCUGAGCUGCCCAAGUAGCAAUGGCAUGAGGUUCUGGUCACACGAAUGGGAAAAACAUGGCACGUGUGCGGAAUCUGAGCUUGAUCAGCAUGAGUACUUUGAAGCAGCUCUCAAACUCAAGCAAAAAGCAAACCUCCUUCCUAGCCUCAAGAAUGCAGGGAUUGAACCAGAUGAUGGAUUUUACAGCCAAGAGAGCAUUUCAGAUGGUAUAAAAGAGGGUACUGGGUUUACCCCAGGUAUAGAAUGUAACAGGGAUUCAGCUGGUAAUAGCCAACUUUACCAAGUUUACAUGUGCGUGGACACUUCUGGCUCAAAUUUCAUUGAGUGCCCUGUGCUUCCAAAGAGCAAAUGUGGUUCACAAAUUCAAUUCCCCAAGUUUUAGUUCAUCAGAACAUGCUUUUGUUUUUCUUUUGGGUACUGAUUAGAAACUUUCACACGAUGACUAUGAAGCCAUUUGUGCCUUGUAAUAAGUGGU